AUGCGUUGGUUGGCUCUGCUGUGCUUGACCCUGUUGAGCACCGCGCAGGUCAUCGACGCGGCCGCCUGCACCGACGACGAGACGACGGCGGCGCUUGUGCCGUACAAGGCCGAGCUCGCGCUCAACCUCGCGCUCUGUGGCAACGACGUCGGCUACUCGACAGCGGCGAUGGCCAACGGCGACUUUUUCUCGUCGUCGACGACGACGCCGGCGCGCGUGUCGGCCUUUCUCAAGAGCACCAACUGCCGCGCGCUCUUUGUUUUGUAUCAAAAAGCCACGAGCAACAUGGGAUGCACGACCGGCUACCAAGGCGUCACAUUCGAGCAGUACGCCGCGACGCUGCUGCCGGCCAGUGGUGCGACACCGACGCCGACGACAGCCAAGCCCGGUACAGCCAACUGCACCGACAACAGCACCAUGACGGCCUUUGCCGCCAUCGAGCCCGAGCGAUCCCGGUUCCAGUCGCGCUGCGCGAUCGACAUGGGCGACAUCCCAGUCGCGUACCUCUACAACAAUACGCUCAAGCACAAGAUCACCGAUACGCAAUUUGCAGCGUUUUUAGCCAGUUCCGACUGUGCGGCGGUCGUCGCGGUCGAGAAGAAGGCGUGGGGUGCGAUCACGCCGCCUUGCGUCAUGUACGACGGUGCGCUGGCGUUUACGACACGCGAGAUUAGCACCUGGACGUUUACCGAGUACGCGCAGCGCUUUUACGAACGCAACAUCCCGUCAACGACGUCGCCAGCGUCUCGAAGCCCAACGGACGCGCCACGCACGAGCACGAGCACGACCGAGGCGCCUCGACCAGUCGCGCAGUCGGCCGCCGCCCGACGGCCAACGAGCGCUCUACUCGUGCUAAGUCUCUUGCCAAGCGUGGAUGCGGCAACGUGCACGGACGCCGAGACCACCGCCGCGCUUGCACCGUACUCGACCGCGAUCACCAUCGACAUUCAGCUCUGCGCCGCCGACAUGGGCUACACGCGGGCUGACCUGCUCGCUGGCAAGUUUCUCUCAUCGUCGACGACACCAGCGCAAGUGACUGCGUUUCUAAAGAGCGCCAACUGCCGAACGCUCUUCAACUUGUACCAAAUCGGCACGAGCUCGCUCUCGUGCUCGACGGGCUACCAAGGCGUGACGUUUGAGCAAUUCGCCGCAACGAUCAUCCCCGGUACGUCGGCCGCACCGGCCACAAGCAAACCGGCGACGGCCGCGCCAGUGACGGCCGCGCCA